AUGUCCCAGCUUGCGACUUGGCAGAUCGUACCCAACGAGUACGACGAAAUAUGCUCGUGGCUCGCUAUAGAUCGCUCCGAAGAGGGGGCAAAGGCGACUCACCCAUUCGUGCUGCUGUAUGCGCCCGAUAUAUCCCCCAUCAAGGACGAGCCGGUGAAGGUCUCCCUGCGUGUAUACGGGGUCGUGGAGUCUCUCAGCAUCAGCCCCACUGGGAACUAUACCGGACGCAAAGAGUCCGCUCCACGCGCCGUGCAGUUCGUCUCGCUCACCGCGGGAUCGUUCCCGGACGCGUUCCGAGUUCAGUUGGAAUCGAUACGGGACAUCCGGUCGUACGUCGGCACUGUUCUUGGUUGCACUGUGGAAGACAGUACUCGGAAGCCUGGAACGAUAUAUAUUCAGCGCAUGGUUUUCACAAAGGUCAGGAACAGGGGUGCACCUAUGGAGCUCGUGCGGUCGGUUCGACGGGAUGCCGCAACUAAACCGAAAUCCGCCAUUAAUUUCGGAGAUGACCCUCACGGGUGGACGUCCGAGAUCAAGAACGAUUGGGUCGUGACCCACAAGCUAUCGACUGGCGUUUACCUCGAGGGCGGACGCGCUGUCAAGAAACCCUAUUCGGUGAUACGACCCGGCGACUUCGUGGAGGUAGUUUGCACGGUCGAGAUAACCAAGUUCCGCAAGCGCAGCGGGUGGGGUACAGAGGCCCGCCUGAUUUUGCAAGAGGUCUUGCGCGUGUGCGACAAGGACGUGGUCCAGAUCGCUCAGCCCCCUGCUCCGGAGCCGGAGCCCGUCAAUGGCGAUGAGGCGUUUGUGAACUCCCUCUUCCGGCUCUGGGCGGACGCCGAUACGGUGGAUCCUAACGCGAUGGAGGGUUAG